AUGCCAGACUCUACUGAUCCCCAGCUCUUCACCUGUUUAUCAUGUUCAAUAGCGUUCCUCUCCCCAGAGGAACAGAGAAUCCACUACCGCUCAGAUCACCAUAGGUACAACAUGAAGCGUCGAGUAGCUUCGCUGCCGCCUAUCAGUGUUGCAGUUUUCAACCAAAAGGUCCUUGAGAGGCGUGCAGAAACCGCAGUCAUGUCCGAUAUCAGAGGCUCUUCAUGUCAAGUUUGCAAUAAAGUAUAUACCACGGAAAAUGCAUACCGAUCCCAUUUGCAGUCCAAGAAACACAGGGAAAACGAAACCAAGGCCGCGCUGAAGCCUCGCAAACCUGCCGCUGAGGCAGAGAUUGAGUCAGCCCCAGAGGCAUCAGCUUCGACCUCGGUACCGCCAGCUACCGGUGCCGAACUUGAAGCUACACCAUCUCCCGGUCCCGUUCCUACUUCAGAGUCUUCCCAGGCACCGAAAGAACCUAAAUCUCAAUCUGAGACUGUGUUAGAAGAACAAGGCGAUGACGAAGAUGAAGAAUUGAUGCAGAGCAUCGACGCCAAAAUCGCAGCCGCGCGCUCGCGUCUCUCGGUGAACAAUUGUCUAUUCUGCAAUACGGUCUCUGCCUCGCUCGAGGAUAACCUCACGCACAUGUCCCUCGCACACUCGUUCUUCAUCCCGGACGCCGAGUAUCUUGUCGACAUCGCCGGACUGAUAACCUACCUCGGCGAGAAGAUUGCAGUCGGCAAUGUGUGCAUAUAUUGUAAUCAGAAGGGCAAGGAGUUUAGGAGUAUGGAUGCCGUGCGAAAACAUAUGAUCGACAAAGCCCAUUGUAAGAUUGCUUAUGAUAGGGAAAGGGACCGCCUCGAGAUCUCCGAUUUUUACGACUUCAGCGCCUCUUAUCCUGACGCUGAUCAAGUACGAAAAUCCUCUUCCAAGAAGAAAUCAUUGAAAGAAUCUGUUGUAGAGGAUGAUGAAGACGAAUGGGAAGAGGAUGAAACUUUGGAUGACGAUGAAGUCGAUGAAAUCGUUGACGAAUCUGCUUCUGAAGAAUCCGACUCGGACGCUGAUAGUGACGAGUCCGAUCUUCUAGAAAACCAAAUGACAUAUGGUGACUCACCAUUUGAGCUUGUCCUUCCCUCCGGUGCACGGAUAGGACACCGAACGAUGCGCAGGUACUAUGCACAAUCGUUCCCUGGUGCACCCCGCGGAAGUAAACCUGAAGACCCCAAUUCUGGCGCUGCACUUGUGCGUCGCCUUUUGGCUGAUAAAAAUUCAGCACUGGUUCCUAGUAGAGGUGGCUUCGGCGCUUAUGGUCGUGGCACUGAAGUUGUUAAGGCCAGAAAUCGAGGUGAAGCCCGUGAAGCUGGACGACAUGUCCGCGAAUUCCGCGAUCAGAGGCGGAGAGAAGAUUUCAAGACUAAAGUUGGGUUUAUUCAUAAUGCCCAGAAACAUUACAGGGAUCCUCUUCUGCAAUAG